CGAAGUCUUGCGUUUGUAUGAAGGUUGGGCGAGUGGAGCCGGAUGUCCCAUUCUUAAGCACGUGGGACUCAUGACCCCUAAUGCGUCAGCGUCUCAUCCUCUCAGAGCAGCUCAUCCCGCCAGCUCGCUUGUCAGCGCAGGAUGAAGAUGAAGACGGUGUGCAGCUGCUCCGUUUUCUUUCUUCUCUUCUUUGUGCCAGCGUGCCAGUCAGCUCACGGCCGUUACGCUCAGAAGCUUCUGAGCGACUUGUUUUCCAACUACACCAACGCCUUGCGGCCGGUGGCGGACACGGAUCACGUCAUCAACGUGACGUUGCAGGUCACACUCUCGCAGAUCAUUGACAUGGACGAGAGGAACCAGAUUCUCACCACCUACCUAUGGGUCCGCCAGGUAUGGAUGGAUGCCUUCCUCACCUGGAAGAAGGAUGACUACGACGGCCUGGACACCAUCCGCAUCCCGAGCAGCUAUGUGUGGCGGCCCGACAUUGUACUGUACAACAGCGCAGAUGACGAGUUCUCCAGCUCCAUGGAGACCAACGUGGUCCUCCGAAACGAUGGUCAGGUCAUGUGGGACCAGCCAGCCAUCACCAAGAGCUCGUGCUCAGUGGACGUGGCCUUCUUCCCCUUUGACGUGCAGCAGUGUCACCUGACCUUCGGCUCCUGGACUCACAACGGCAACCAGAUGGACUUGUUCAACGCCUUGGAUAGCGCCGACUUGGCGGACUUCAUCCCCAAUGUGGAAUGGGAGAUUCUUGGCAUGCCCGCGAAGAAGAACGUCAUCCUGUAUGGUUGCUGCUCAGAUCCUUACCCGGACAUCACCUUCACCCUUCACCUCAAAAGGAGGGCCUCCUUCUACAUCUUUAACCUCCUCAUUCCCUGCAUGAUGAUCUCCUUUCUGGCUCCGCUGGGCUUCUACCUGCCUGCUGACUCUGGAGAGAAAGUAUCAUUGGGGGUCACGGUCCUACUGGCCCUCACCGUCUUCCAGCUGCUGGUGGCUGAAAGUAUGCCUCCCUCAGAGAGCGUCCCGCUGAUUGGAAAGUACUACAUCGCUACCAUGACGAUGGUUACCGCAUCGACAGCACUCACCAUCUUCAUCAUGAACAUUCACCACUGUGGGCCAGAAGCACGUCCGGUCCCAGCUUGGGCCGAGCGCUUCAUCCUUAAAUACCUGGCACGCAUGUGCUUUGUCCGUGAGGUGGGAGACAACUGCUUCACCGGGGCGUGCUCCCAGAAGCAGCCGCUGUCGGGGGAGGAAUCGGCAGAGCCCUCCACCAAUGGAAACAACUGCAACGGGAAGGCGUGGGGGCGGGCGGAGGCGUAUGAUUUGGGGACAUCUCUCAAGCAAGGGCAGGAGCUCCCAGACAAGAAUGAUUGGAAUGAGGAUCUCUUUGUCACCGUCGACCACUCGGAAGGGGGCGCAGCUGCUGGGAAAAGUGAAGGGCGGGGGGAGGAGUCAAAGAGCACCUGUGAAGGAGAUGUGUUGGUCGAGAAAAAGAAGGGAAUGGGAGAUGGAGCUGUGUGCACGGAGAACCGGAAGGAGGCAGUGCUGAAAAACCAGUGUGCGUGCCAACAUCAAGGAUUGCACAGGAACGUCGAGUACAUCGCAAAUUCCUACCAGGACCAGAGAGCGGCCCAACUACGCAUUGGAGAAUGGAGGAAGGUCGCCAAGGUUAUGGAUCGCUUCUUCAUGUGGCUCUUUUUCAUCAUGGUCUUCUUCAUGAGCAUCCUCAUCCUGGGAAAAGCCAUCUGAGGGGAGUCACUCACUGCACGCACAAGUCAUCUUGUCCUCAAGUGAACUGUGGACACUUUGUGUGGAGCACACCCAUGAUGCGGAAGACCUCCCCACUGCGCCACUUCACCAUCGCUCCACUCGCCAUCACUGCUUUGUCACAAGUUCAGCUUCAAUGAAGAUUUCAAGCAAAUGAUUUUGUUUUACACUUCAGCAAAGUUGAUCAUCCGUGUGCAACACACCAGCCUUCACACACUCUGUCGACUAAACUCAAUAAAAAUGUCUUCAU